AUGCUGGAUGGAAAAACACUGUCAGCGUUCUUUGUUCUUGCUGUUGCACUUGCUGUAGCAAUCGUGAAGAAUUUGGACACAACUAUACCCGAUCUUUCCUCUUUAAAUAUCAAACGAGAUAUCAAAGUCUUCGUGGAGGACACCUCGCGGCUGCCUCCUUUGACAUAUCGCACAGACUCGGCGUCAGUAGCUUUCGACGCAUCCUACUCUCAUCUGGCAAGUCGAUCGUGGACAGAUGCAUCCAAGGAACCUCCCGAUACCACAGCUGUUGUUCUGAACUGGUCGAGGUUUCCCAAUGUUCAACGCAUAGCUUCGCUCCUUUGCUCCCCUGACUUAGAUCACGUCAUAAAAGAAGACUUCCACAACACGACGUGCUCCGAAACCAAACUACGAAUAUACAACUCUCCCGAGAACACUUACUUCUACGGCCGUUUUCUGGGCUGUGAGCAGGCAAACACCACUUUUUGUUUUACCCAGGACGACGAUUACCUCGUCCUCCCUGAAAUCAUACAAACAAUGCAUAGGACUCUUUCGAGCAGUCCGCGGAAGCCUCAUUACUCGAUUCACCUGCUCCCUCCUCACGAGCAUCUCACCACAGCCCUCCGCACCAUAGACCACACUUCCAACGACAUGCAUACGACAUUUGCCUGGCUCGGCCACGGUGCGAUGAUGCACCGCUCCAGAGUUGUCGAAUUUCUUGAGAGGAUGGAAUUUCUGAAUGCGACGAAGGAGGAGAAACAGAUGGCGGAUAACUACUUCAGUGUUCUCCAAGGAAGUGGAAAGCCGCCUCAAACGUGGGUGGAUCAAGGGAUCGAAUUAGGCGGCGGACAGGCGUUCACAGUGGGAACGGAGGGGGACGAAAGGAAUAGGCGUCAUAUUGUAGGUUCUCUCUCCCUCUCGCCAGCUUUUGAUUUUUUCACAUCAUGCGGUUACAGCGCAGAGCGGGUCAAUAUCUCGAUUUGA